AUGAUCAGACCAUGGAGUAUAUUGUUAGCCCUUUUGGCCUCUGCUCCCUUUAUCAACGCUCACGGAUCGCAUGGAGACAAUCAAGAUCACUCGGGGUUUGACUGGCCAACACUUCAUAUGAUAGAGGAGCAUCACAUCACUUCAUUCGAUGCAAGGUCCUUCUUUACACUACACGAUUAUGACAAUUCCGGAGUAUGGACAACAGAUGAGGUUCGACGAACGUACGGUCUAGAUGAUGAAUCAAAUGCUGCUUUAACCGAGGAACGAAAGCAACAGAUCCUUCGAGAAGUCUUCAAUAUUUUUGACCCUCUAAAAACCGGGGUGAUUUCAGUCAACGACUAUGUACGCCUUACGAAGGAAGGCAAAAAGCUGCCCGAUUUUGGGACUGGACCUGGCCACCAUGGUGACAUGGAGUAUGAAUAUGAAAUUCAUCAUUUCGAGAAAUACCACGGAGACGAUGCACGAGAAGAAGACUUGACCCACCCUGAGGACAUUGAGCACUUUAGGAAACACGAUAAAGAGUAUGCUGAAAGCCUGAGACUGGAGAAACUUGAAAGUAUGGAUAUUGUAGUAGCCAAUAUUCCUGCGAAAUUCUUAAAGAGCCCAAGCCCAUAG